CCCGGCGGGACGCUCGGAGCCGCCCCGAACUGCGCAGGGCGGUCAGGGGAGUCACACCCCAUGGGUUUGUGUGGUAAAUGAACUUCUUGGCCUAGAAGGGAAUUGAAAAAUGAUGGCUUCAUUCCAGCGCUCCAAUAGUCAUGACAAAGUAAGGAGAAUAGUUGCAGAGGAGGGUCGUACAGCAAGAAACCUAAUAGCUUGGAGUGUUCCACUAGAAAGCAAAGAUGAUGAUGGAAAAUCUAAAUGUCAAACUGGUGGAAAAUCAAAGAGGACAAUUCAAGGCACUCAUAAAACGACAAAACAGAACACUACAGUAGACUGUAAAAUAACGUCAUCUACAACUGGAGAUAAACACUUUGAUAAAAGUCCCACUAAAACAAGGCACCCUCGGAAAAUUGAUCUAAGAGCUCGAUACUGGGCAUUCCUUUUUGACAAUCUUCGCCGGGCUGUAGAUGAAAUCUAUGUAACUUGUGAAUCAGAUCAGAGUGUGGUGGAAUGUAAGGAGGUGCUAAUGAUGCUGGAUAAUUAUGUAAGAGAUUUCAAAGCGUUGAUUGACUGGAUUCAACUUCAGGAAAAGCUAGAGAAGACAGAUGCUCAAAGCAGACCAACUUCAUUGGCAUGGGAAGUAAAGAAGAUGUCCCCAGGACGUCAUGUGAUUCCAAGUCCGUCAACAGAUAGAAUAAGUGUAACGUCAAAUGCUCGAAGAAGCUUAAAUUUUGGGGGUUCACCUGGCACAGUGGCUGCUCCACGUCUGGCUCCCACAGGUGUCAGUUGGGCUGACAAGGUAAAGGCUCAUCAUACAGGCUCUACUGCUUCUUCGGAUGUAGCACCUGCCCAGUCUUGCCCACCAAUGACAGUGCAGAAGCCUUCCCGCAAAAAUGAACGGAAAGAUGCUGAAGGAUGGGAAACUGUUCAGAGAGGAAGGCCUGUUCGUUCACGAUCAACAGCAGUGGUGCCAAAAGUUUCAUUACCAACAGAAGCAUUAAGGUCAAAGGAUGACAGUGAUAAAGAAAAUGUACGUCUUCUACCUGACAAAAGUAUUCAGAAAGGUGAAUUUGUUGGAGGUGGACCUUCUAAUACUAUAGAAUCUCGGCUCAAAGACUCAUUACACUCAUGUGAUCAUCCUCUCGCAGAGAGAACCCAGUUCACAGUGAGUACACUGGAUGAUGUCAAGAACUCUGGCAGUAGUUUCUUACAAGACAAUUCUGUGCAAACUUCUGAAAUACCUGCCGUUCACAUUGAUAUAGAGUGUGUUUCAGUUACUCAGCAAGCUGACACACCUUUGCAAGCAAGUGAAGACAAAUUUUCAGAAGAGAAUGAAAGAAUAGAAAGUGAAAUGGAUCCUUCAGAUAUUUCAAAUGUGAGUGCUGCUAACUUGUCUAUGGCAGAAGUUCUUGCUAAAAAGGAAGAGCUAGCAGAUCGUCUAGAAAAGGCCAAUGAAGAAGCCAUUGCUAGUGCUAUUGCUGAAGAGGAACAGUUAACUAGAGAAAUUGAAGCUGAAGAAAACAAUGAUAUCAAUAUUGAAACUGACAACGACAGUGAUUUUUCUGCCAGCAUGGGCAGUGGAAGUGUAUCUUUCUGUGGUAUGUCUAUGGAUUGGAACGAUGUCCUUGCAGAUUAUGAAGCUCGUGAAUCUUGGCGCCAAAAUACAUCCUGGGGGGAUAUUGUAGAGGAGGAACCUGCUAGACCUCCAGGACAUGGAAUUCACAUGCAUGAAAAACUUUCCUCACCAUCUCGUAAAAGAACAAUUGCAGAAUCUAAGAAGAAACAUGAAGAAAAACAAAUGAAAGCACAGCAGCUAAGGGAAAAGUUACGUGAAGAGAAAACAUUAAAGCUUCAGAAAUUGUUAGAAAGGGAGAAAGAUGUCCGGAAGUGGAAAGAAGAGUUACUAGACCAACGACGUAGGAUGAUGGAAGAGAAAUUACUUCAUGCUGAAUUUAAACGAGAGGUGCAAUUACAAGCAAUUGUUAAAAAAGCACAAGAGGAAGAAGCUAAGGUAAACGAAAUUGCCUUUAUAAAUACCCUCGAAGCCCAGAACAAACGCCAUGAUGUUUUAUCAAAAUUGAAGGAAUAUGAGCAGAGGCUUAAUGAGUUACAGGAAGAGCGUCAGCGAAGACAGGAAGAAAAGCAAGCACGUGAUGAAGCUGUUCAGGAACGUAAGAGAGCUCUAGAAGCAGAACGGCAGGCCCGUGUAGAAGAAUUGUUAAUGAAGAGGAAAGAACAAGAAGCCCGAAUUGAGCAACAGAGGCAAGAAAAGGAAAAAGCCCGGGAAGAUGCUGCCCGGGAAAGAGCUAGAGACAGGGAAGAACGAUUGGCAGCACUCACAGCUGCUCAACAAGAAGCUAUGGAAGAGCUACAGAAAAAAAUUCAGCUCAAGCAUGAUGAAAGCAUUAGAAGGCACAUGGAACAGAUUGAGCAGAGAAAAGAAAAAGCUGCUGAGUUAAGCAGUGGACGACAUGCAAAUACUGAUUAUGCCCCCAAAUUGACCCCUUAUGAAAGAAAGAAGCAGUGUUCUCUCUGCAAUGUCCCGAUCUCUUCAGAGGUGUAUCUUUUUAGCCACAUUAAAGGAAAAAAACACCAGCAAGCUGUGAGAGAAAAUAGCAGCAUCCAAGGGCGUGAACUUUCAGAUGAGGAAGUGGAGCACCUUUCCUUAAAGAAGUAUAUUAUUGACAUUGUGGUUGAAAGUGCAGCUCCACCAGAGCCUUUGAAAGAUGGAGAAGAGCGGCAAAAAAACAAAAAAAAAGCCAAAAAGAUAAAAGCCCGGAUGAACUUCAGGGCCAAGGAAUACGAGAGUUUAUUGGAAACAAAAAUUUCUGGCUCAGACUCACCCUAUAAAGCAAAGCUUCAGCGAUUAGCCAAAGAUCUUCUAAAACAACUACAAGUACAAGACAGUGGCUCAUGGGCAAACAAUAAGGUUUCUGCUUUAGAUCGUACCCUUGGUGAGGUCGCUAGAAUAUUGGAAAAAGAGAAUGUGGCAGAUCAGAUUGCAUUUCAAGUUGCUGGUGGAUUAACAGCCCUUGAACACAUUCUUCAAGUAGUGGUCCCAGUCACAAAUGUGAACACAGUUUCACGAAUUCCUCCUAAGUCUCUCUGCAAUGCAAUCAAUGUUUACAACCUCACCUGCAAUAACUGUUCAGAAAACUGCACUGAUGUUCUGUUUAGUAACAAGAUUACCUUCUUAAUGGACCUCCUCAUACACCAGUUGACGGUUUAUGUUCCAGAUGAAAAUAAUGCUAUUUUGGGAAGAAAUACAAAUAAGCAAGUUUUCGAAGGCUUGACAACUGGACUUCUCAAAGUCAGUGCUGUGGUUUUUGGCUGCCUGAUUGCCAAUCGACCAGAUGGAAACAGCCAGCCAAUUACACCAAAAAUAUCAACACAGGAAAUGAAAAGCAAACCCUCACAAGGUGAUGCUUUUAACAGUCGAGUUCAGGACCUCAUCAGCUACGUGGUGAACAUUGGUCUGAUCGACAAGCUUUGUGGCUGCUUCCUCUCGGUGCAAGGCCCGGUGGAUGAGAAUCCCAAAACAGCCACAUUUCUGCAGCAUGCCGCAGGGCUCUUACACGGAAUGUGCACGCUGUGCUUUGCUGUCACCGGAAGGUCACACAGCAUAUUUGACAAUAAUCGCCAGGAUCCCACAGGACUGACAGCUGCUCUUCAGGCCACAGACCUGGCUGGAGUUCUGCAUAUGCUCUACUGUGUCCUCUUCCAUGGCACAAUCUCGGACCCCGGCACUUCUAGUCCCAAGGAGAGUUACGCUCAGAACACAGUCCAAGUGGCCAUUCAGAGUUUACGUUUCUUCAACAGCUUUGCAGCUCUUGACCUGCCUGCUUUUCAGUCUAUUGUAGGGGCAGAGGGCUUGUCCCUUGCAUUCCGGCACAUCGCCAGCUCCCUACUGGGCCACUGCAGCCACGUCUCCUGCGAAAGCCUCCUUCAUGAGGUCAUCGUCUGUGUGGGCUACUUCACUGUCAACCACCCAGAUAACCAGGUCAUCGUGCAGUCCGGCCGCCACCCCACGGUGCUGCAGAAGCUUUGCCAGUUGCCCUUCCAGUAUUUCAGUGACCCACGGCUGAUCAAAGUGCUGUUCCCUUCACUUAUCGCUGCUUGUUACAACAAUCUUCAGAACAAGAUCAUUCUGGAGCAGGAGAUGAGCUGUGUUCUACUGGCCACGUUCAUUCAGGAUUUUGCACAGACUCCAGGUCAGGCAGAUACCCAGUCUUAUCAGCCCAAAGGAAAAUGCCUUGGUUCCCAAGACUAUCUUGAGCUGGCUAACAGAUUUCCUCAGCAGGCCUGGGAAGAAGCUCGACAGUUUUUCUUAAAAAAAGAGAAAAAAUAAAUGUUUUGGUUGGUUGUAUAUUUGAGUACCCUCAUUAAUAUUUUAAAUUGAUCAAACA